CAGAACUUUACAGAGGUAAACUGUGUCUGUUCUUUUUACUAUUACAGCAGUUCAUCGUGGCCCUGUUAUUCGCCUCCUUCACCAAAGCUCAGUCAGGGACCUACAUGAAGAGUGCCAUCACUCAGAGAUACACUUUGACCUGUCCAGUUCUCUCAUCGGACUCAUAGACGGCAGCUUUGAGAUGGGUAUCAACAAUAACAUUGAGUUGCUUGAGAAUUCAUGUAUUUAAAACCAGAUACAAACUACAGUAUGAUAAAAAAAAAUUGUGGUUCAAUCAGUCUGCUCUCAAUACUGUCCAGUUUUAUAGUUUUUCCUAUUAAUUGAUUGACUGGCGAUUGUCCAUAACUCUACUGUCAAACCCCUAACAUUGUUGUAUGUGAUGCUAUGUUGUUGCAGCCUAGUAUCCAAACUGAUAUGCCAUUUUUAGUUUUUUUUAAAACUGUGUUUAUAAUUUGCGAUUCCUGGCUACUGUAGUGUUGUGGUUUCUUGCAGGUAACCUGCUGUGGUCAGCCAUUUUUGGGCGAAGCUGCACCGCCCAGGCUCAUUGCUAUGGGCUGUUUCCUCAUGGCUGUAGGAUCCUUCCUCACAGAACUGCCACACUUCUUCAUGGGACGGUAAAACAACUGAAAUACUGGUUAAACUUGUACUUGUAGAGAUACUCCAAUGCGGAGGAUAGUUUUACUUUAGAAAUAAAGAAAUGUAUCCAGUUGUUGAUUAAUCUCAGUUAACUUAGAACUAAAGUCUUGCGUAAUUGGUCAGCUGCUUGAUUAUGUUUUGGGGCCAUACAUGUUAAGAGAAGGGAUUAAGAGAUGCUAUAACUGUGACGUGGUAAGGUUGGACCCAGGUGCAGAGAAGAGACCAGAAGAUGAAGCAGUGGUUCCAACCAGUGUCUCCACUCCUCAAGGGCCCACUUAACUGCCAAGAGCUCCCGGUUGCCUACGUGGUAGUUGCCUUCCGCUGGUUGAGAACCGCUUGGAGAGAAAGGUGCAUGGGUGCAGUGUCUUAUCCUCCUCGUUCGCUGUGAAAGGACCGCCCCAGCUCCGGUGUCCGAGGCGUCCACCUCUACCACAAAGGGACGAGUCGGAUCAGGAUGAACGAGGAAGGGUCCGGAGGUGAAACGUCCCUUGAGCUCUAUGAAUGCCCUGUCAGCCUCGGGAUUCCAGCAAAAACCUGCUUGAGUGAGGUGGGACAGGGCUGUAUGUGUUCCGGAAGGGUUUUUGGGGAAGAUCAGGAUGUCGUCGAGGUAAACAAAGACGAACCGAUUCAACAUUUCCCUAAGAGUGUCAUUGAUCAAUGCUUGAAAGACUGCUGGUGAGUUAGAUAUUCCAAAGGUCAUGACUAGAUACUCAGUGAUCACUAGGGGGUGUUAAAGGCAGUUUUCCACUCAUCUCCCUGAUUCUCACCAGAUUUUAAGCGUUGCGGAGGUCCAGUUUGGUGAAGAAUUGGGCUCCUAGGGCCAACUCCAAGUUUGGGUCAGAGACAGAGAGACAAGGGAUGCGUUUAGACAGGCAGCCCAACUAUGAUAUUUUUUCCACUAAUUUGUCUUUUGAACAAUCACAUUAGAUAUUUUCGCAUCAGCUCUUUUUCAGAGCAUAUCUGAUUUGUCAAAAUACAAAUUACAAUUGGGCUGAAUUGGGCUGCCUGUCUCAACGCAGCCAUAGAAACCUGAACAUGCUCCAACUGAAAUGUUCCCUCCUGUCAGUACUGAUGUUGAAUGGCAUUAAAUACACUUUUUUUGUUCUCUCCCAUCCCCAGUAGGUUUGUUGAACAUGAGUGGAAAUGAAACUCCAGCACACUGUUAGCACUAAAGACGUGUGAGUAUAACUUUUCCAGGUGAGUUGAACCUGCCUGUGGGUGCGGUGGGGAUAUUCCUGGGAGUUCUACUGAUGAAGAGGUAUAAGCUUGGCGUUGUGUCUGGAGCCUAGCUGUCUUUCGUCCUCUCCUUCAUGGCCUGCCUCCUCCUCCCUCUGCAGUCUGGCACUAAGUGUGACAACGUUCAGGUGGCUGGUCUGACCGUGUCCUACAACGAGUAAAUAUGACAUCUGAUUGGUUGGCAGGUGGGUGGGUGGUUUGAUAAAAACAAAAGUUUUGAUCAGUGGAAUAUGAGGGAGAGUUAGACCAAAACACACAUGGGCUUGUGCCGGGGCUCCCUCUUGUGGGAAUAUACAGUAUGGUUGUUACUGAGCUAGGAUUCCUGGCUGUUUUGUCAUAGGCACAGUGACAAUGUCAAUGAUAGUUCAGCAACAAUUAUUUAAACAUCAUUAUUAUCAACCAUUUCCUCUGUCCCCUGGUAUAUGAUGGUAGCCUGUUGUCAGAGUGUAACAGACUGCUCCUUCUUGGCUGGGGAGUGGGACCCUGUGUGUUCAGACAAUGGCAUCACCUACACCUCCCCCUGCCUUGCAGGCUGCUCCAGCUUUACAGGUUACGGCAAGAACACUGUACCAAUAUUAUUAAUGUACUGAGUGUACAAAACAUUCACAGGGAUGCUGGCCCAUGUUGACUCCAAUGCCUCCCACAGUUGUGUCAAAUUGGCUGUAUGUCUUUUGAGUGGUGGACCAUUCUUGAUACACACGGGAAACUGUUGAGCGUAAAAAGCGUUGCAGUUCUUGACACAAACUGGUAUCCCUAGCACCUACUACCAUGCCCCGUUGAAAGGCACGUAAAUAUUUUGUCUUGCCCAUUCACCCUCUGAAUGGCACACAUACACAAUCCAUGUCUCAAUUGUCUCAAGCCUUACAAUAUAUAUAUAUUUUUUACCUUUCUCCUCCUCUUUAUCUACACUGAUUUAACUAGUGACAUCCAUAAGGGAUUAUAGCUUUAACCUGGAUUCAUCUGGUCAGCAUAUGUCAUGGAAAGAGCAGGUGUUAAUAUUUUAUACACUCAGUGUAACUCAUUGACACGGAAAUAAGUUAUUUUCAACCAUUAACUGGGUCCUUGCUGUGGCCUUAUCUAAGUAAGUAAUUGCUGAUUGACAAUAAAGUAUUAUUUUGAUAUAUGGAAAAAAUAUGGUAUGCAAUUCUUAUGUAGAGAAGCUUCUCUCUGGUAGUUGUUCAAUAUGACUUCAACUUUUACAGGGAACUCUUAUUCUUUUUAAUUAACAAAUAUCAUCAAACAAAAGAGGAAUAGUCACAUUCAAACAAGCGUAAUAACAAACUUUUUACAUUGCCAGGAAUCCUAAACAAACAAAGCAACAAGUUUUAAUUGCCUUUUUGUUUUUCAUUUUAGUUAGUGGUGCCAUAUUGUUUAAACGUAUUUAUAAAGUGAAAAAAGUUAGGUUUUGAAUUAGACCAUUUGCAUUUGUGAAUAUGAAAUGUACCUAGUAUUAUUAGCAGUUGAAUUAAAUAUACUACAUCUUUAUCUAUGACAGAAUUUCUGAAAUAAAUCAUUAUCAAAACCAUUAAAUAGUACAAUCGGUCCAAUUUCUUUUGUAACAAAAUUCUGUAUGUCAAUCCAAAACAUUCUGCUAUAAAUACAGGUAAAAAAACAAAUGCAAAAUGGUAUCCUUCUCCAUUCCACAGAAAUCACAGUUAUUUUCAAUAUUCUGCUUGAAUCUUUCCAAAACAUGUUUCACAGGUUAAUUUCUAUGUAACAUUUUAAAUUAAACUUCCUUUACUUUGUUACUGAUACAAUAUUUGUUAGCAAUUUUCCAUGCUUUCCCCCAUUUGUAUAUCACCAUAGAUAUCUGACAAAAAUAAUCUUGCUGAGGGAAUUGUAGUAUCACAAACAAUAUUCCUAAUCUGUUUAUUACUACAUUUAUCUUUGUUGAUAUUGCCAAUGAAUAUAUUUUCAUGUAAAUCUGUUACUUACAUCAACCACAGAGGAAUUUAAAAGAUAUACAACCCCCUUGGAAUCGCAUCAAAAACAAUUGCAUAUUCUUUCGGGGUUAUUGGAAUUUUAAACUUAUCAAGAUAUUCCCCAUAUGAGAGAAGAUAUCCAUCCUUAUUCAGUAACUGACCAACCAAAAUAAUUUCAUUCACAAACCAGCCAUGAAAAAAAAGAGACUUAUUUUUAAAUCGUAUAUCUUUGUUGUUCCAUAAAAAGUAUCUGUGAGUGGAAAAAUUGUGUUUAUACGCUAACAUACAAGCUAAAAUUGCCUGCUUAUGGAAUUUGGCCAACUUUCCUGGGAUUUUAUCAACAUCAAAAUUACAUUGAAGCAAAAAUUCUAAACCACCAACAGUCAAAUAAAUACUUAGUGAAGACAUUCCAAAUACGUUUCUGGUUCUUAACUUCUCUAGGGUAUGGGGCAGCAUUUUCACAUUUGGAUGAAAAGCAUACCCAAAUUCAACUGCCAGUUACUCAUCGCCAGGAGAUAAGAUAUGCACAUUAUUAGUAGAUUUGGAUAGAAAACACUCUGAAGUUUCAUGUCUGUGAGUAUAACAUAACUUAUUUAGCAGGCGAAACCCCGAGGACAAACCAUUCAGAUUUUUUUUUUUUUGAGGUCACUGUCUUUUCAAUGAGUUUUCAUUGGGGAACCAGAUUUCUAAGCAACUUGCUUGCAGUUCCUACGACUUCCACUGGAUGUCAACAGUCGUGAGAAAUAUGUUGAGGUUAUUCCUUUGUGUAAUGAAGAAAUACGGCCAUCUUGAAGUCGAGGCACUCCUGGUGUCCUAGACAUGCGUUUCAAUCAAACAGAAGGCAUGCUACAUAUCGUUUUAAUCCUGUAUAUGUGUUCAAUCAUCCGUCUUCAAUUUUAUCAAUUAUUAACGUAAAAAAAUACCUAAAGUUGUAUUACAUAAGUAGUUUGACAUUUUUUGGCAAAGUUUAAAGGUAACCUUUGAUAUAUUUUGUCAUCAUGUUUGAGCAAGUUGGAACCGGUGUUUUUCUGGAUCAAACGCGCCAAAUAAAUUGACAUUUUGGACAUAUAUCGACGAAAUUAAUCGAACAAAAGGACCAUUUGUGAUGUUUAUGGGACAUAUUGGAGUGCCAACAACAGAAGCUCGUCAAAGGUAAGGCAUGAAUUAUAUUUUUAUUCUGCGUUUUGUGUCGCUCCUGCAGGGUUGAAAUGUUUUCUCUCUUUUGUUUACAAUGGUGCUAUGCUCAGAUAAUAGCAUCGUAUGCUUUCGCUGAAAAGCCUAUUUGAAUUCUGACAUGUUGGCUGGAUUCACAACCAGUGUAGCUUUAAUUUGAUAUCUUUCAUGUGUGAUUUAAUGAAAGUUUGAUUUUAUAGUAAUUUUCAUAGUCAUUCAUUUUAAUGUGGCGCUAUGCAUUUUCUCAGGCUUUUCAAACUCAGAUUUUUGGAUAUAAAUAUGAACUUUACCGAACAUAAAAUACAUGUAUUGUGUAACAUGAAGUCCUAUGAGUGUCAUCUGAUGAAGAUUAUCAAAGGUUAUGAUUAAUUUUAUCUCUAUUUCUGCUUUUUGUUAAUGCUCUCUUUAGCUGGAAACAUGGCUAUCUUUUUCUGUGACUUGGCUCAUACCUUACAUAAUGGUUUGGUGUGCUUUCGUCGUAAAACCUUUUUGAAAUCGGACACUUUGGCUGGAUUUACAACAAGUGUAGCUUUAAAAUGGUGUAAAAUACUUGUAUGUUUGAGGAAUUUAAAUUAUGGGAUUUCUGUUGUUUUGAAUAUGGCGCCCUGCAGUAUCACUGGCUGUUGAUGAGGUGGGACGCUAACGUCCCACAUACCCUAGAGAUGUUAACAUACUUCAGAAUCCAAUUUAUUUUAAAAGUAUUAUUUAGAGCACAUGUGUCAAACUCAAGGCCCGCGGGCCAGAUGUGGCCCGCCAUGUCAUUUUAUGUGGCCCGCGAGAGCUUAAAAGUUUUGAGUGUCUAAAAAUAAAUACCCAAAAAAUAAAUUAAGAGCGUGCUUUGACCAAAAACUACAUUCCCACAAUGCCUUUCGACUACGCUAGCCACGGCAGUGUCCAUGCCAACGAGUGGAAUUGAGAUAUAAAUAAUGAUCCCAAAAUGUCCAGAAAGAGAAAAGUUGAUGCAGACGGAAGACUGUUUCAAGAAAGAUGGGAAGGCGAAUACUUGUUUGUGCUUCAAGGAGAAAGACCGGUAUGUCUUUUGUGUUACGAGGCGGUGUCGGUUAUCAAAGAGUACAAUCUGCGUCGACAUUUUGACACCAAACACGGAGCUAAGUACGCUAAAGCUAGCCUUCAAGAAAAGCAACAAAUUGCCCAAGAAUUAAAAGGCAAACUGCGGUCGCAGCAGAGUUUGUUCAUGAAAUCCACAGCCAAAAACGAGGCCGCGGUGAAAGCUAGCUUCAUUGUGGCUGAAGAAAUCGCCCACGCUUCCAAGUCUUUUUCAGAGGGAGCGUUUUUGAAGCAGUGCAUGCUGAAGGUCUGUGAGCAGGUGUGUCCCGACCAGUUACAGACUUUUAAAAAUGUCAGUUUAUCAAGAAACACCAUCGCCGACCGAGUGAAGGAACUAGCAGAAAAUCUUACAACACAGCUGGCCGAGGAGACACGCAGCUACACAGCUUUUUCAUUAGCUGUUGAUGAAAGCACAGAUAACACGGACACAGCGCAGUUAUCAAUUUUUAUUAGAGGCGUAAAGUCGGACCUCUCUAUCACUGAGGAGCUGUUGGAUGUGGCUGCAAUGCAUGGGACCACGACGGGACAGAACAUUUUUGAUGCGGUAGAGAAGUCCGUAAGUAAAAAUGCAUUGCAGUGGGAAACCUUGGUAGGAUUAACUACAGACGGUGCACCGGCAAUGUGUGGAGGAAAAGUGGGCUUGGUUGGACUAAUGAAGGGGAAAAUGCAAAAAAUGAACUGUCACACGCCUUUGAUAACGUAUCAUUGCAUUAUCCAUCAAGAAGCUUUGUGUGGGAAGGUGCUGGGGAUGGAGGACAUUGUGACCACAGUCAUGAAAACUGAACUUCAUUCGGGCGCGUGGCCUGAAUCACCGUCAGUUCCAGCAGUUUUUGCUGGAGAUGGGCUCGGAACACGGGGAUGUGCUGUACCAUACAGAAGUGCGGUGGCUGAGUAGGAGCAAAGUCCUCAAGCGAUUUUUCGAGCUCAGGAUAGACAUUGCUCUUUUUAUGCAGAGUAAAGGAAAACUCAUGUCUGAACUAUCAGAUCCAAAGUGGAUGUGUGACUUUGCUGUGUUGUGUGACAUAACCGACCAUCUCGCCCAGCUGAAUCAGAAGCUGCAGGGAUGCAAACAAGUCAUCACGCAGAUGUCCGACACGAUCACGGCUUUCCAGCGUAAAUUGGACUUAUGGAUGUGGCAAGUGAAACAGGACAAUCUUGUUCACUUUCCUGUUUGUCAGAGCAUGUCAGCCUCAUUUCCUGAGACUUUUUCAUGUGCUCAGUUGGCUACCAAACUGAGCUGGUUAAAGACUGAGUUUGAUCGGCGCUUCUCUGACUUCAGAGCACAACAGUCUGGCUUUGACAUCUUUGCCAAUCCUUUCACCACCGAUGUCUGCACUGCACCCCAACACCUUCAGAUGGAGCUAAUUGAGCUUCAAAGCGACAGUGGCCUGAGAGCAAAGUUUCAGGAUGCUACAAUCCACAACUACUUUUACCGUCUGCUGCCUCCUGGUUUGAUGCCACAGCUUCGACUUCAUGCUGCCCGUGUUCUGUCCAUGUUUGGGAGCACCUAUCUGUGCGAACCGUUUUUUUCCAAAAUGAAUCUGAACAAAAACAAGCACAGAUCACGCCUCACGGGUGACAACCUCCAUGCUGUUCUACGCAUUGCCUCAGCACAGGACCUAAAACCAGACAUUGACACACUGGUAACGGGAAAACGGUGCCAGACAUCUGGUCAGAAAACACACAGGCAAGCAUUUUUUUUAAACUUAAUUAAAAUAUAAUAAAAUGUAAUUCAACCAAGGAGAAGAACAGUUAAACUGUGUGCAAUUUAAUGAUUGUGCUUGCAUUUUGUUUUGUGUUUAUCAUUUUCAGAACAUGAUCAAUCGAUAGUAGAGAGAGAAUCCACUUGGUGUGUUCAAGGACAGGCAGCAUCUCCUCAUCAAAGACUAACCGAAAAACUUGACCAAUAUAGUUGUGAACUGAGUCAACCUUUAUUUUGGUAUUUUUAGUUGAUUACAUAUUAUUUAUGUGUAGCUGCUGUAGUAAUUAUUUAAUGUUUGCAGGUUUAUGUGUGUAUGCAGACAAAUUGUUGUCAUCAAACCAUCAGUUGGGUGCAAGGCUGUGUGCAGCCUUUUUUUUGUAAAAUGCUACAUGUGUCAUACAUGUUCUUUGCAGCUCAGUUUUAUGUUAUUUUUCUUUAUUCACUUGGACAGUUUGAUCCUUCAUUAAUGGAGUUAUGUGGGUUUUCAUAAGCUGACAAAAUUUUAAAGGAUUUAUGUUAGAGCUACAAGCAAACAUAUAUUUUCUAUGCAACUGUAAUUGUCACUUGAAUAAGUUAUAAUAAAUAAUGAGUUAUUUAACAUUAA